AUGAGUGAAGCGAGCGGAUCCGCAUCUCCAGCUCCGGGAGCUUCGGCGGCGGAGCUGGGCCCCGGAGGAACCAGACCAAAACGUGCUGUUCGACCAACAGCGAAAGCAUUGCUCGCUCGGGAGCAAUCGCCCGAGGGAUGGGAACAUGGAGGUUCUAGGAGAUCACAGCCCUCGAGGCCGAUACGCACCUCUUCAGGCGCUCGUCCACAGAUCAAGCUCAAGAUGAAAGCAUCAGGAGGAGGCACGGCAGCUGGAACCGGCCAAGGGCCCAAAACCCACGCUUACAUGCAAAGCUACGACCGCGAGCUCGAUUCCGAGGACGACGAAACCGGCCAAGGUCUCGCAUUCGAGGAGCAACUCAUCUUCCGCAUGCCCGAAGGUCCUGAAUGCGACAAGCUUAGGGAGAGCAUUCAAAAGCGGCAACUUGGCGACGAUGUCUGGUUCAAGUUCAAAGACUCCAGAAGAGCCGUGGUGCAUGCAGGCGAUUCGCUCUUCUCGGCCAAGCUGGUCGACUUGCCCACCAUCACAGAAGCGCACAAGACCCUCGACAACCGUCAAUUCUUCAAGGUUGCCGACAUCGCACAGAUGCUUGUGGUUGAAGGGAAGAUCGCGGAUGAAGCCCAGGCAUCCUCCAGCAGCGGCGGCAAAGGCUUCAAUAUUGAGGACUUUAUCUAUCCUCACGGCAUCACGCCUCCCAUGCAGUGGGCACGCAAACGCCGUUUCCGCAAGCGAGCCGCGCGGCGAGCGAUCGAGACUACCGAAAAGGAGGUGGAAAGGUUGCUCAAAGCGGACAAGAAGGCGGAACAGGUAGAGUACGAGAUGAUCGAUGCAGCCGAAGAGGAUGGCUCCGAAGACGACGAUGACGAUCAGCGGCGCGGGCAGGGACGGCGAGGCGCCACAUCACCAGGUGGGUCUCAAGCGGAGACUCCCAUGCCCGACGGCUCGGAUGUCGGCUCGCAAGACGAAGGUUUGGACGAUGGCGACGCAGAAGAUGGAGAACAAGGAUACCGUCGGCGUGUCGACCUGGAUGAGGACGGAGUUGAGCGUGGCUACGACGAUCAAGAUCUUGACGAUGACGACGUAGAUGAGGAUUUAGCGGCUGAGCUUGACGCAGCGCUCGAGGAAGAAGAGGACGAUGACGAUGACGGCUCAACGCGAGGUGCCAAUAGCGAGGCGCAGAGUCGCGCAAGUGAUCAAGAAGACCUCUGGGAUGACGAUGACGACGACGAUGCAGACGAAGCAGACGAGGAGGACGAGGACGAAGAAGAUGAGAACGACGAAGAAAAGGAGCAGCGCGUUCGAGAAGCCCAAUUGGAAGCAGAGUGUCGCGAGCUCGAAACCCUCGUGCGCAGGAAGCAGGCCGACGUUGACGGUACCAUGAACCUCAUCAUCAAGAACCGGCACCAACAGGCACUUCGAAAGCUUACGACAGAGCGUGACAUGAAGCGCAAUCAGCUUUCCGAUCUCAAGCAGGCUCGAAAGGAACGCAAGGAAGCCGAUCAGGCUGCUUCUGCCGCUGCUGCUGCACAGGCAGGGCAGGCCACCGCCGAUUCUCCGAACGCCGACGAGCCAGCUCAACCUCGAUCUGCGGACGACUAUUCCAUGCAUCCACCCAGUCAACCGCAAUCGGGCCCCAACGCAGAGCCUGCUUUGGGAGCAACAGCAGCCGUCGUCAACGGUGACGCGAAGUUGACAUCUCAAAAUCGAGGCAUGCCACCACCUGCUCUGCCGGCCAGCAGGAAUACGGUACAGCCGACAACUUUGGCUUCUCAGUUGACUGAGGCAGGCCCUGGCGACAGUGAUCUUUGGGAUGAUGACGAGGAGGAGGAUGAAGAUGAAUGA